AUGUCCGGUGCAGGUAAUCGUGAACAAGUGUUUCCAACACGUAUGACAUUAGGAGUUAUGAAAUCAAAAUUAAAAGGAGCUCAACAAGGACAUUCAUUAUUAAAAAGAAAAUCAGAAGCAUUAACAAAAAGAUUUAGAGAUAUAACUCAAAGAAUUGAUGAUGCUAAAACUAAAAUGGGUAGAGUAAUGCAAACUGCUGCUUUUUCAUUAGCAGAAGUAUCAUAUGCUACAGGAGAUAAUAUAUCAUAUCAAGUUCAAGAAAGUGUUCAAAAUGCAAGAUUUCAAGUACAAGCAAAACAAGAAAAUGUAUCAGGUGUAUAUUUACCAACUUUUGAAAGUAAAAUAAAUGAAAAUAUAAAUGAUUUUAAAUUAACUGGUUUAGGUAGAGGUGGUCAACAAGUUCAAAAAGCAAAACAAGUUUAUACAAAAGCUGUUGAAACAUUAGUUGAAUUAGCAUCUUUACAAACUGCUUUUAUUAUAUUAGAUGAAGUUAUAAAAGUUACAAAUAGAAGAGUAAAUGCUAUUGAACAUGUUAUAAUACCAAGAACUGAAAAUACUAUAUCUUAUAUUAAUUCAGAAUUAGAUGAAUUAGAUAGAGAAGAAUUUUAUAGAUUAAAAAAAGUUCAAGAAAAAAAACAAGAAGCUGCUGCUGCUGCUGAAGAAGAAGAUAAAUUAGCUUUAGCUGCUGCUGAAGGUGAAACUGAUAUUGGUGGUAUACGAAAUAAUGAAAAUAGUUUAAAUGUUCAAGCUGAUAAAAAAAGAGAUGAUAUUUUAGAAGAAAAUGAAGAUGAUGUUAUAUUUUGA